AUGGCCGACUACGUCAGCACGCCGCUCUUUGGAGGGGCUCUUAUCACUGACCUCCCCUCCAACUUCGCCGACGUCAGCAAAUUCCGACAGGUCCCAGACCACCAAGAGGUAUUCCUCGACAAGGACGGCUUCACUAGCAUCAUCUUCGACAUCACGGAGCGAGUUGGCCUCCCAGGCAGCGGGCCCGCGAUUGACGGCGCAGCCCUGACUACGCACCUGGAAGACAUCGUCGACUCGGAAGUUGACACCGUGCAAGUAUGGAAUACCAGCAAUACCGAAUUUUCCAAACUACCUGAAGGAACGCCGGUGUCUACAUUAAUCGCCACACAAACGCCGCCGCCGGAGCCUGGAUCCAAAUCCCCUGUGUUCACGGCUAUUGUCUUGACGAUGGUGAGAUUGGAGAAGGAGUCCACUGAUAUCCUGAUCGCCAUCAAUGUCCCCCAUAUCAAGGGGGAGUACACGGAGGAAGAAGUUGAUAUGCAGAUGGGCAAGCAGGGGAAGCUGAUUGAGAGUGCCGUGGAGCAUGCGGCGAAGAUUUGGGAGACGUUUAAGAUUAAGGAUUGGGGGCUUUUUAAUGCCCUUUAG